AUUGUUUAGGGAUGCUUAAGAACCAGCCACGGUCACUGAGCCAUUGUGUGUCACUCUUUCAGGUGCUGAGUGUAAACUUGGUUUAUUAUACUGAAUUGAGCAUGCUCACAAGCACCCAGGCUUCCAGGGUUAGAUGUCCCAGGCAGGUGUACUGGAGAGUUCCAGUUGCAGCCCCAAGAUUCUAACAGCUUCAGGGAGUUCAAGUUUCUUGCCCAAUCAACUUCUUUUUAAAAGCAAGCCGUCUUCUAAGCUGAGAGAUGAUUUUAAAUUUCAGAUUUUAUCAUGUGGGCAUCCUGCUGCAACUGGUUCUGCUUGGAUGGACAGCCUGAGGAGGCCCCACCACCACAGGGAGCCAGGACGCAAGCCUAUUCCAACCCCGGGUACAGCUCCUUCCCUUCCCCCACAGGCUCAGAACCAAGCUGCAAAUCCUGUGGGGUCCACUUUGCAAGCACAACCCGAAAGCAGCAGACAUGCUUGGACUGUAAGAAACAUUUCUGCAUGACUUGCUCAAGCCAAGAGGGGAAUGGGCCACGCCUCUGCCUCCUCUGCCUACGGUUCCGAGCCACAGCCUUUCAGCGGGAGGAACUCAUGAAGAUGAAGGUGAAGGACCUGAGGGACUAUCUCAGCCUCCAUGAUGUCUCUACUGAAAUGUGCCGGGAGAAAGAAGAGCUGGUGUUUUUGGUGCUUGGCCAGCAGCCUGUAAUCUCGGCUGCGGCGGACAGGACUCAUACGCCCACCUUGUCCCAGGACUUCCCCGAGCAGCAGGCCUUCCUGACCCAGCCUCACAUCAGCACAGUGCCUCCUACCUCACCUGCACAAGCCACCUCUGUCCCCCUAGCCCAGGCUCAGGAAAACCAGGCCACUGGCCAUGUGCCUCAGGACCACGAGGAGCCCGUCUUCCUGGAGAGCACAGCCAGAGUACCUACCGAGGAUGAGACCCAGGUGGGUCUCUGCUCGUCCAUUGGCUCAGAGGACAGCUUCGUCCCCGGCCGGAGGGCUUCACUGUCUGAUCUGACCCACCUGGAGGACAUUGAAAGCCUGACAGUGCGGCAGCUGAAAGAGAUUCUGGCUCGCAACUUUGUCAACUAUAAGGGCUGCUGUGAGAAGUGGGAACUGAUGGAGAGGGUGACUCGACUGUACAAGGAUCAGAAAGGACUCCAGCAUCUGGUGUCUGGUGAUGAGGAUCAAAACGGGGGAGCAGUGCCUUCUGGCCUGGAGGAGAACCUGUGUAAGAUUUGCAUGGACUCACCCAUUGACUGUGUUCUGCUAGAGUGUGGCCACAUGGUUACCUGUACCAAGUGUGGCAAACGAAUGAAUGAAUGUCCUAUCUGCCGACAGUAUGUCAUCCGAGCAGUGCACGUCUUCCGGUCCUGAGGGCUAGAAUUGGCUUCUUCAGUGCCUUACAGGACAUAGCUCAAAGCGUCUGGGCUCAGGGUUGGUCUGAUGCACAGAGGCGGUUUAUUGAAACUGGCAGUGUUCUCGAGACUGGGACAAGCAGAGGUGACUGGCAUACCUGUCUUGCCAUGGUGUGUACCUCUUAGGUGGCAGAACCCAAAGCCAGUGAGAACUGAUUCAGAUCACAUGGGUGAGUGCCUGCUUCUCUGAUCAUGGGGUGGUGAUGGUAAUCAACGAAGAGGACUUUCUAGAACUUGGACCAUGUCUUCUUCCCUUCCUGAAAACCUAAGACACAUUUUACACAUCCCAUAUACCACUCCUCCUGUUUCAUCAAUCAAAAGUCCUGCUGGGAAUGGUUCCCUUACCCCCAGCAGUAAAAAACACAGAAACCAGAAAUUUAAGUCUGCUACAAUGCCUAAAAUUCAUUUCUUUCUCUGGACAUAUAUAUAUAUAUACACACACACACACACACACACAUAUGAAUCAGACCAAUAGUAUUCCCUAGGUCAGAAUUUGGAUCAGUAGACUCAUCUCUGGUGAGAAAUUAAGUCUAAAUGCUGUAGAAGAAUUUCUAAGUUGAGUCACUUCUGUUAGUGUUGGGGUUGGAAAUGAUCAGUCCCCUGACUGACCUUACCCCCAAACUGCUGGGGAGUCCCUAAGAGAUGGUGCAUGGGUCAUCUCUGCCACACCAUCCUGAGGAAAGAGAAAUGGAGGCAGUGGCUUUCUGUUGAUCUCUGGCUUUGAUCCUCAUUUUCAGCAGGCUAAAGUUUUUUUAAAACCACUUUAAUAGUUUCUCUUCUUUGGGAUUUAAAUUUGCUUACCGAAGGCAUAGGAACUUCAGCAAAGAGCUCGGCUCUUGUUUAGCUUGGCUGCUCAUGGAGAUUCCCAGAGAGCAGACAUAUAGGACAGUGAGUGUAUGAGGCCCUGGAAGGUGCCAAGUGAGAAUGGACUAUGCCCAGGCUGCUUCUCAGCCUUUUGGGCGGGUCAGAAUGAAGCAUUCUCUAAAUCAUGAUUCUAGCCUCUCGGUGUCUUGACACCACUGACACAGCUGUAGGGUCUGAGUGGUGGUUGCUGGAACAGCUCAAAGAAGAACCAAAUGAGCUGUGUGCUCCUCUGUAGGAUGCACCCCCAGCACUACAGCACCUGGGUAAAUCGCUACCUUCCACAGUACAUCGUAGACUGGAAGAACUGGAAAGCAGAGGGGCACCUAGAAGGGGCUAUUAGAAAUACCUAGGCUUUCUUUCUUCCCAUCUUUAACCACUAAAUCCUUCAGGGGAUCCAGGAGGCCCAUGAAGUUGUUGUCAGAGGCGCCCAGGCCAUGUUACCUGUGCAGUCUAGGUCCCAAUGGCCAGGUUGUGGGUCAGUGCCUUUGUUGGUGUCAAGAAUCAAGAGACCCCUCUAAAAAGACUACCUUCCCUCCUUCUCUGGAUACUAAGUACUGUAGUUUACAAUGUCUUCAGUUUAGCACAGCCCACCAGUUUUGCUGCUCCUGGACUCCACUGUGAAACAGGUCUUAACUGAGCUGCAUAAUCAGACCUAACAAUACUUCAAUACUCCCUUCUUAUACAACAGCUUUCUCUUCUGAGGCCUUACCUCCCUACCUCCUAGACAGGAACAGAAAUAAUAUAUGGAUGGCCUGUUAGUAACCCAAGGAACAGUCAGAGCUAAGGUUACUUAUUUUGAAGAACUUUUAUCUUUUGGUGUUUUCUUUUGGGGGGAAAAAAACCAAACAGAUGUCAAACAACUUUUUUAUUGUUACACCAAAUGAAAGUUGGAAUUCUAAGAUUCCAUUCCUGUUAACAUCUAACCCAGGUAAACUUUUUUCUUUUUAGUACUUGAGCCCCUUUCUGUUCUUCACGGAUCCUUGGUCUUAAUUAACAUGGAAACACCUAAUCCUUUCAACUAGUCUGUGGAUUUUGAUAUGAUUACACCAAAAUUUCAGUUGACACUUAGUUUUAAAAGACAGACAGCUGACUGGUUUGUCCCUUGGAAUAGUUGGUUUUAAACUAAUAAGCUGUAAAGGAAUUAAUAGUCUAUAUUGUACAAAUUUGUUAAAAUCUCUGGAUGUGAAUGUGUUGCUCCAAGUGGCUUAUAUUAAGAUUUUCUCACCUGGGUGUUAAAAAGCAAACCCAAAUGUGUAUUUUUUGUUACAGAGCUCUGCUUUAUAAUUUUGUAAUAAAGUUUAAAUACAGACAA